AUGGAUGUUGGAAAGAAAUGGAAAGAUAACCGAGCAAGGUUGUGGGGCAUGUUUCAAAGGAGUGGCUUGACCUUUGAACAAGGUGUUGAGCGUUGCCCAAAUGGUAUUCCAAGAGAACAGUGGGCUUCUUUUUUGCAAUACAAAAUGGAUGACGAAACAAAGAAAAUUGCUGAAAAGAAUAUUGCAAAUAGGGGUAAACAAUCAAUCCCACAUACUUUAGGAACGAAAUCAAUUGCUAGAAGAAGAAGAGAAAUGGAAAUUCAGUUGGGUCACCCUAUCACUAGAGCACAAAUGUACGCUGAAUCACACAAAAAGAAGGAUGGUACACUUGUCAAUGAAGAGGCUAGACACAAAAAUGAACAAUUAUUAGCUGCUCAAAAUGAUGGAAGGACUGCGGAAGAAGCUUAUGUCCAUGUUUUCGGGAAAGAGCAUCCAGGACGUGUACGGGGAAUGGGAUUUGGUGUCUGUCCUUCCCAAGUUCUUGGUUCCAGUUUUGUUGGUUCUAGCUCAACAGCCUCACCAAAUGAAAUUAAGGAGUUGAAAUCUGAGAUUGAAUCACUAAAGGAAACAGUUGCAAACUUGGUUCGAAGCUUUGGAGGCCAAAUGCCGUCUAAUCUUGCACCUAAUGAACCUCAUCAGACUCCAAAUUUGGAAUCCCCCAUCGGUAAUAGAAGGUCUUCAUCAGCCAGCUAUGACCCAAAUAUUCACAGACCAUCCACACAUGGACAAAAUGAAGGAUUAGUAACUCCACUUGAUGAUGACCUUUUCAUGGAUGACAUUUGA